AUGGUAAAACACCCAACAAUCUCUGCAGGGUGCGGUGUGCGGUGCGCGGUGUGCGGUGAGCGGUGCGCGGUGUGCAGUGAGCGGUGUGCGGUGUGCAGUGAGCGGUGUGCAGUGAGCGGUGUGCGGUGCGCAGUGAGCGGUGCGCGGUGCGCGGUGUGCGGUGUGCAGUUAGCGGUGUGCAGUGAGCGGUGCGCGGUGUGCAGUGAGCGGUGUGCGGUGUGCAGUGAGCGGUGCGCGGUGCGCGGUGUGCGGUGUGCAGUUGUGCAGGGAGCGGUGUGCGGUGAGCGGUGCGCGGUGUGCGGUGUGCGGUGCGCGGUGUGCAGGGAGCGGUGUGCAGUGAGCGGUGCGCGGGGUGCAGUGUGCAGUGAGCGGUGUGCGGUGCGCGGUGUGCAGGGAGCGGUGCGCGGUGAGCGGUGUGCGGUGUGCAGUGAGCGGUGUGCGGUGCGCGGUGUGCAGGGAGUGGUGUGCGGUGAGCGGUGCGCGGUGAGCGGUGUGCGGUGCGCGGUGUGCAGUGAGCGGUGUGCGGUGCGCGGUGUGCAGUGA